AUGUUUUUUGUCGCCAUGCUGUUGGCCCUGAUCGGUUUUCUAUCAACCGGCUCGAACCGCACCCGCAUCUACACCGGUUGGAAGGCAAGGCUGGGCGGCUGCAUAUCGUGUGCCAUCUUCCUGGUCUUCACCUACGCAGCACACCUGUUCUGGAUUUUCGUCUUUAGCGUAGUUGUCGCUCUCACCGUUAUUUAUUUCAUCUUUUACCGUGUCUGCUUGUUGAUGCCCGACUACACGACAGCCACCUGCCUUGAUCUGUCAGUGUUUUCGCCUGUGCUCAACAUGACGGGUCGUCCGGCUAGUCUAAAAAUCUGCGGAAGCAACCUGCAGCAGUUCUGCACGUUGGCGGAAACGGCCAGCAAUUACUACGCGAUCGCUUACUUCGCCGCUGCAGCCGUCAUGUUGAGUCUCGUUCAUUUCAUGAUCUGCCUCGCUGCUAACUACGCUCACAUCAAACAUGGCUACAAGUACUUCGAGUUGAAGGAGGUGGAGGAGAACGAGCUGGGUAGAUAUCGAGAUACUUACGCCUCUUACUGA